AUGCAGUCUGGUAAAGCGUCCCCAAGUUUACAUCCGGGAAGGCGCGACCCGAGCCCGUUAUGGAACCGUGCGCUGGAAAGAUAUCGAGAAGAACUUUCAGAGAACGACUCUUAUGAUGAUAUCCUUGGAGACACAGGAUCCCUUCAAGAUGUGCUUGAACACAUCAAGACGUUCGAGCCCGAGAUCUCCCAUGAUCGGGCCAAGCUCGUCUCGUUCCAUCGACUGGGCCCAGUGCUCAAGUUUGUCGAUGACUUUUCAGCGGUCAUCGCCCUCUUCUUUGGUGCCAGUGCCAGGUUGACCGCGUUCGUAUGGGGCAGUAUUCGCCUCAUCUUGUCCCUGGCCGUUGCUGCAAAUGAGAAUUUGCAGAGCAUUCUGGACAUGCUGGAAGAGUUGAGUGUGACCUUGCCUGAGUUUCGAAGUUAUGAAGAAGACCUUCCCAUAGGUAAACCUCUGGAAGCGGCCUUACUCGAUCUUUACACAGAAGUGAUAUGUUUCUAUGCUAGGACCAUCCAUUUCUUCAAGAGCAAUCCUCAUGUCUCUCUACAAAGAAAAGCAUGGGGAGACUUCCAAGGCGACUUCAGCCGCACCAUCCGAAGUAUCAGGCGCAUGUCCUCCAAGGUCAAAGCGGAGGCAGAUCUUGCGCGUAUGAAAAUGAACAAGGAUCGGUACAAAGAAGUGAUUGACUUGGUCCAAGAUCUUGAGAAGGCCAAAGUAGAGGAGGAGUCCUCGGCACGAUGCUUUCUGGUGCCACACGACCCUGACCCGCGCCUUUCAGGACGUCAAGAAGCAAUCGAUGCUAUAGCACAAGUCCUAGAACCUCCUUCCGAUAAGGUUGGAGAGCUCAGGUCGUUCGCUCUGUAUGGGAUGGGUGGAGUUGGUAAGACACAGGUGGCAUUGCUAUACGCAAAGAAUUUCCGCGACCACUACGAUGCGGUAAUCUGGAUUGCCGCUGAUACCUCCUAUGCCAUGGGACAGACUUCGCGGGAUGCCGCCGAGACCUUGGAACUAAUUACACGAGAAUCAGAGCUUAAAGACAUGAAUUCUGCCACCUCUAAGCUACGAACAUGGCUGCAGAACACCAAGUCACGGUGGCUUCUAAUCUUCGACAAUGCGGACGAUGUGGAAAUAAUUGGCCAACUCUGGCCGGUGGGCUCAAAAGGUUCCAUACUGAUCACUUCGAGAGACUUCAACACGGCCCAUAAUCCGGCCAAUGCGGGCUACCAUAUGAAACCGUUCCAUGAAGAGACCGGAGCGGAAGUUUUCCUCUCACUCCUAGGCCACAAAGAUGCAAACAAGGAGACAAUGGAUUUGGCGUUGCAUAUUACACAAAUGCUAGGAGGGCUUCCACUUGCGCUGAACCAGAUCGCAAGUUUCAUCACUCAACGUCAUAUGCGUUUGAAAGAUUUCCCUGCCAUGUAUGACAAACAUGCGGCCGCCAUCGACGCUAAGAGGAGCCGGUUGACGACAUACGAGAAAACGCUGGCAACAACGUGGGACAUUUCGCUCUCCCGGCUUUCAGGAGAUGCCAUUCACCUGCAGAGUCUUCUAGCUCUGCUAGACCCCGACACAAUUCACGAGGAAAUGUUGACCGUGGGAGCAGACGCCGUCUCUGAGAGCGAUUUUGGUUUUCUCGGGGACGAAUUUGAACUAGGUGAAGCGCAGGAAUCGCUGUUGCAGGCAGCCUUACUAGAGAAAAGUCACACGGACCAGACCCUCUCAGUCCAUCGACUUGUGCAAGCGGCGAUCAUUCGAAGAAUGUCGAAGGCGGAGCGUGUUAAAUAUUUUGACGUGGCUGUUAGUAUCCUCCACCGGCAUCUCACAGAUGAAUGGUCGACAGAAGCUGGAUACGAGUUGAAAACAUGGUCAUCAGAGGGUUGGAUUCGACACGAACGGUGCACACGACAUAUGGCCAACUUGAUCAGGCAAUGGAAACGAUACGACAUCGUCACUGAGAGGAAAGACACAUUGUUCGCAGCAUUGAUUCCUUGUGCCCUGUUCCUGAAGGAGCGCGAAUUUUAUGACAAGGCCCAGGAAUUCCUCAACACGGCCAAAGGCCUCAUUGUUGACAAAGAAGGACUAUCAUAUGCCAGAGUGGUCAAUGUCUCUGGGCUUAUCUCACUUGAUUUGAAUGAAGCAAAAGAGUCGAUUGAGCUAUUUCAACAGGCGCUUGCUAUCCGAGAGAAACUCCUAGAGCCUGACCAUUAUCUAACCGCAUGGGUAUACAACAAUAUUGGGCUGGCAUACACCGAACUUGACGACUUUCCCAAGGCACUUGAAUACCAUGAAAAGGCGGUGGAUACGCGACUUCGCAACCAGGAUGGGUUGAUCGGCAAUUCGUACAGCAACUUGUCCAGUUUAUAUCUCAAGAUGGGAGAACCGGACCGUGCAGAGGAAUACCUCUUUAGCUGUCCGUCUCUCAAGGACUGUACCGAUGAAACCUUUUUGAACAAGAACAAUCCCCGAUUCGCAGGAGACAUGGUUCUCCUGUCGCGCAUACGGCGAGCACAAGGUCGAUCAGAUGAUGCACUUCGGCUUGCAUCCAAAGCUCUCAGCUAUAGGAAGCAGUUGCUGGGCAAUGGGUUGGCGGUGUGCGACUCCAUGUACGAUGUUGCGUCGUUGUUGGAUGCCAGUGGCAAUCAAGGAACCGCGGCCCUUAUGCUCAAUGACAUUGUCUCCAUCACUGAAGGACUGUCAGGUAGUCACAGCUAUGCCCAUCGUGCCAGGGCAAGCUACAAGCUCUCCACCAUUUACGACACCAUUGGUCGCAAGGCUGAAGGCGAAGCUUGCAAAGCCACGGCGAUUCAACUUCGACUCAGACUACGUCCGGAGGAGGUUGAAACAGACCUCAGUGAGGAAAGCUUUUCCAAGUUGUGCCCAUGGAUGUUGUGGUGAUGGUGAUCGGGCCGGUCAUGUUGGCCAGAUUCAAUUGUUGUUUGUGGCAGAUGUUUG